UUAUAUUUUUCUCUAAACCCCCCUCACUUCUCCCCAAAUUACACUAACUGCCACUCCAUUCUUCUCUCCUCUCUCUAUCCAUGGCCGCUCUGCCAACCCACUCCCAAUAUCUCAACUUUCCCAUCUCUUCUUCUCCAAGAUUUCUCCAUUUCAGAAACCCCAGCGCGCUCUCCUUUUCCAGGAAGCUCUUAUUUCCCAAGAAAAUCACUGGGGUUUGGAGGAAUUCUAGCCUCCAAGUAAAAGCGUCUUCCAAAGCCAGUUCUGAUGUCGAGUCUCUUUCUACUGUUGAAGAGGAGAAGGGGAGUGAGAGGCCUCCGUUCGAUAUCAAUUUGGCCGUCAUUCUCGCUGGUUUUGCAUUUGAAGCCUACACGACCCCUCCUGAAAAUGUUGGAAAGCGUGAAGUGGAUGCUGCAAAUUGUCAAACUGCAUUUCUUUCAGAGUCAUUUGUACGUGAAAUUUAUGAUGGCCAGUUGUUCGUAAAGCUGAAGAAAGGUGUCGAUCUCCCUGCCAUGGAUCCAUGGGGGACAAGUGAUCCAUAUGUGGUCAUACAGUUGGAUAGCCAGGUUGUCAAAAGCAAGGUCAAAUGGGGGACCAAAGAACCAACUUGGAAUGAGGAGUUUGCUCUAAAUAUCAAACAGCCGCCAGUCAAGGAUCUUCAGGUUGCAGCUUGGGAUGCUAACCUCGUGACUCCACAUAAGCGUAUGGGAAAUGCAGCAGUUAAUUUGGAAAGCCUUUGUGAUGGGAAUAUGCAUGAACUGCUAGUUGAAUUGCAGGGAAUGGGAGGUGGUGGAAAGUUACAAAUAGAGAUCAAGUACAAGAGUUUUGAUAAAAUUGAAGAAGAAAAGAAGUGGUGGCGCAUUCCGAUAAUAACAGAACUUCUUGAGAAAAAUGGUUUUGAAUCUGCAUUGAAGACAAUUCUUGGUUCGGAGACGGUGCAAGCACGACAGUUUGUUCAAUUUGCUUUUGCACAGCUAAAAUUAAUUAAUGAUGCAAACAUUCAGAAGGAUCAGACUUCAAAUGAAACUGAAGGAAUAAAACCUGAUCAUUAUGAUGAUGAAUCGGGUCUUCCUUCAUCAUUAGAUAGCUCUUCAAAUGAUUCUGGCCAGUUGGGCAUGCCUCCAGAACCAAAAUGCUCUUCAAAUGACUCAAACGAUGAACAUAAUCAAAACAAUAUUCACAUCAAAGACGAACUUAAUUCUUUAGGAACUCAAGUUGUUGAGGCCACUCAGUCUGAUAAGCAGUUUUGGAAGAACAUUGCUAAUACAGUCAAUCUUAAUGUUGUUCAGAGACUUGGUCUCCCUGCUUUUGAGAAAAUAAGGUGGGAUGGAUUUGAAUUGUUAAAUAAGAUUGGCUUGCAAUCUCAACAAGUGGCCGAGGCAGGUUAUAUUGAAUCUGGACUCGCUACUCCCGAAAAGAAGGAAACUCUUAACGGUGAUGCGUCACCUGUACCACCAGUAAUUAACACAAUUCAGUCAUCGCUGCCAGAUAUUAAGAAAGUGACAGAAGAUUUAUUACGGCAGACUGAUUCCAUUUUGGGUGCUCUUAUGGUUCUAAAUGCAACAGUUUCCAAGUUAAACAAAGGAAUAGGACUUAUAGGAAGUGAUGAUACCAAAAAUGAUUCAUCAACUGAAAUGAAAAAUGAUGUACAUGGAUAUCCAAUGCAUAAAGAUGCAUUGAUAUUAGAUGAAAAGAAAGCUGAGGAAAUGAGGGAACUUUUUACUACAGCCGAGACUGCCAUGGAGGCUUGGGCAAUGCUAGCUACAUCUUUGGGGCACUCAACUUUUAUUAAAUCUGAAUUUGAUAAGAUAUGCUUCUUAGAUAACUCAUCCACCGACACACAGGUGGCCCUUUGGCGGGAUUUGUUGCGGAAAAGAUUAGUUGUUGCUUUCAGAGGAACAGAACAAGAUAGAUGGAAAGAUCUACGGACAGAUUUAAUGUUGGUUCCAGCAGGGCUAAACCCUGAAAGGAUAGGAGGUGAUUUCAAGCAGGAAGUUCAGGUCCACAGUGGCUUUUUAAGUGCAUAUGAUUCUGUCAGGACAAACCUUAUCUCACUUAUCAAGAAAGCAAUUGGAUAUAUAGAUGAUGAUGAUGCUGAACCGACAUCCAAGUGGCAUGUUUAUGUAACUGGUCAUAGUUUAGGCGGCGCUUUGGCUACCCUCCUUGCUCUUGAAUUAUCAUCAAGUCAAUUAGCAAAGCGUGGAGCUAUCUCUGUGACCAUGUACAAUUUCGGAUCUCCUAGAGUUGGGAACAAAAAAUUUGCUGAUGUGUAUAAUGAGAAAGUCAAAGAUAGCUGGAGGGUUGUAAAUCACAGAGAUAUAAUUCCAACAGUUCCGCGUUUAAUGGGCUACUGCCAUGUAGCUCAACCUGUUUAUCUGGCGGCAGGAAAUCUGAAACUCGCAAUGGCAAAUAUAGAACAACUGGAAGAUGGUUACCAAGGAGAUAUUAUCGGGGAAGCCACGCCCGAUGUUAUUGUCAGUGAAUUUAUGAAAGGCGAGAAGGAACUUAUUGAGAAAAUAUUGAACACCGAGAUCAAUAUUUUCCGAGCUAUCAGAGAUGGCAGUGCACUUAUGCAGCAUAUGGAGGAUUUCUAUUAUAUUACACUGUUGGAGAAUGUGAGAUCAAAUUACCAAACUGUCACAAGGUCACAACCAAGUGAAGAUAAGGUAUCAAUUGGCUAGAAAAGGACACACUUGUACAAUCACAUCAUGGUAACUAAUGUACAUAGCCAUCACAAAACAGAAAUAUAGAUUUGGCCUGUUAUGUUUUACUCUUAAGUGCACUGGUGGAGAAGAAACACUUAUUUUGAUGGGGAAGUGUAUAUUUUGUUAGGGUUCUUAGUUUAGCUUCGCAAAUUGUAUCAUGGACCAACGUCCACCAUGCAAAUUGAAAACUCUGUUUUAGAUUAUAUACAUACAUUCUGAUCAAUAACCUAAAAAUUUUGUAUU